UUUACAUUCUCCUUCUCCUUCUCCUUCUCCUUCAACGUCAACAACUUGCUCUUCGACUCUCCAGCGUCGCCAGCCGCGCCGGAGUUCUCCGACGCCAGCCUGCCACGCCUCUGUUUCUUCCCCUAUUCAUCCCUCCUUCUCCAUCCUCCACGAAGAAGUAUUUAAAAGCUUGAAACUUCAGAGUCCACACCCAUUGCAAAAAAUUGGGAAUCGUACACCAUACAGACUGCGAUAAUGUCGGCGAGAUUUUCUGCUACGCUCAGAAUUGGCGACUUGAACGAUUACAUAGCUCCAUCACAGGGCUGUGUCAUUAAAACUGAGAAUGCUGGGAAAUCAAGGAUGGCUCCGAAAGCGGCUCAGACGGAGCCUGUGAAGAUCUCGCUCAAGGACUGCUUAGCUUGCAGUGGGUGCAUAACUUCCGCAGAGACAGUUAUGCUUGAGAAACAGAGUUUAGAUGAGUUUCUUUUGAACCUCAACAAAGGAAAAGCUGUAAUUUUCUCCCUUUCUCCCCAGUCUAGGGCUUCUCUUGCUGUUCAUUUUGGCCUUUCUCCCCUUCAGGUAUUUCAGAAACUUACAACAUUGUUGAAGUCUUUGGAAGUGAAAGCCAUUUUUGAUACUAGCAGCAGUCGAGAUUUAACACUUAUCGAGUCUUGUACUGAAUUCAUAGCUCGUUAUAGAGAAAGCAAUUCAGCUAGUGAAGAGAAGUCAAAAUCAGCCCUUCCUAUGAUUUCAUCUGCAUGUCCAGGUUGGAUAUGCUAUGCUGAAAAAACUCUUGGAUCAUAUAUUCUUCCACAUAUUUCUUCAGUGAAAAGUCCCCAGCAAACAAUUGGUGCUGCCAUUAAGAACCACAUCUGCCAAGAAUUAUGUAUCAGGCCAGAGGACAUAUAUCACGUGACUGUGAUGCCCUGCUAUGACAAAAAGCUUGAGGCUGCUCGAGAUGACUUUAUGUUUCAGUCAGAUUCAGAUGCUGAAAGAAUUACAGAGGUCGACUCAGUGUUGACAACUGGAGAGGUUUUAGAUCUAAUUAAGAUGAAAUCAAUUGAUUUUACAACCUUGGAGGAUUCUCCUGUGGAUAAAUUAUUGUCCAAUAUAGAUGAAGAAGGCAAUCUCUAUGGUGUUCGUGGGAGCUCUGGAGGUUAUGCUGACACACUUUUUCGUUAUGCCUCAAAGAUGCUUUUUGGGAAGGAAAUUGACGGUCCUCUUGAGUACAAGACUGUAAGGAAUGCGGAUUUUCGUGAACUUACUCUGGAAGUAGAGGGUAAAAUUGUGUUGAGAUUUGCACUGUGUUAUGGAUUCAGGAACUUGCGAAACAUUGUUACAAAAAUCAAAUCUGGAAAGUGUGAAUAUCAUUUUCUAGAGAUAAUGGCUUGCCCUUCUGGAUGCCUAAAUGGUGGAGGACAAAUCAAACCCAAUCCUGGUCAAUCUGCAAAAGAUUUGAUUCAAUUGUUGGAAGCAACAUAUUCUGAAAAUGUAUUGGUGGCCGAUCCGUUUGAAAAUCCUGGAAUCAAAAGGCUAUAUAAUGAGUGGCUCGGGCAACCUGGUUCAGAGAAGGCGAAGCGACAUCUUCACACCGAAUACCACCCUGUUGUGAAAAGCAUCUCCUCUCAAUUGCAAAACUGGUAGAAACACUUAUUUUGGCAAAUUAACUUCAAUUAAGCAUAUGGUAAUAAGGUUCUGUACCCGCUCAAAUCUUCUCGAAGCAUUUAUGUGCCUGAUAUUCUUUUCAACUUAUUUUAUUUUUGGUAGUCAGGCAUAUAAAUAUAUAUGAAAUGCAAUCAUGUUUUGCUAUAGGUUGUUUUAGCAUAGAUAAUUUGUUUAGAUGUCGUAAAUAUGUUGUUUGUGUUGAUGUAAAAACAGAAAGCUUCAAAUGCAAGUUCACCUUAGAAGUCUCCUUUAA